GACAGGGAGACCACCAAGAGGCUGAAGGCAAAGUUGAUCCAACCUCCGAAUAUUAACUAUGACACCAUGGAGAGGAUUUUUUUUUCUGUUUAUUUUUCAAGGGUGGUUUUCCAAAUCCGCCUGUGAAAGUUGGUCAUUCACAUUCCCCCGAACCGUGAAAGUACUGAAACGUUCCAGCGCGACCGUCCCCUGCUCGUUUACCUCCCCCGCCGGCUACGGGGACGUCAGUAUAAUCUGGUACAUUUAUCAACGUAGAGGAUACCCGCAGGCUUUAAAUGAGAAGUCCCCGUCAGAAGUGGAACGGGAAUACAGAGGACGCACCUCUCUGGUGGGAGACGGACCCAACAGCUGCUCUCUGAGGAUUAAUGAUAUUGUGAAAGAAGCAGAAUUUUAUCCAGGAAUAGAUAAAAAUAUAAACUCUUUUUAUCUCAACCAUGGUCGGACUGUCAGGGUUUCAUUCACAGGUUGUUCCGAAGACUCUUCCUGCAACGAUUGGUCUUUCAGUUUCCCCAAAUCUAUUAACGUGUCCAGGGGUUCUUGUGUGGAGAUCCCCUGCUCGUUCACCCACCCAAAGGGGUAUAAAGACUUCAACUUGAUCUGGUAUGAAGAGAACGGUAAUUCACCAAUUUACAAUAAGUUAAACCCGUCGGACGUGGCGGCAGGGUACAGCGGUCGCACUUACCUGGUGGGAAAUGGAACCAACAGCUGCUCCUUGAGGAUGAAUGACGUGAAAGAGUCAGGACGGUAUUAUCCAGGAGUCAACGAAGACAUAAAUUCAUAUGUUCUUAAUGAUGGUCGGAGCAUUCACGUCAUUGUCACGGCUUCAUUUCCUAGGCCGCGCAUCAUGUCAGAAACGUAUAAUAUGUUCGAAGGUGAGACAGUCAGCCUCCUCUGCUCUGUAGAACACACCUGUGGCUCCGACCCUCCAACCCUGACCUGGAACAAGCCGGGGCAACUCAAGGACCUGCGUCAGGAAGACCUCACCACGGGGAGCUGGAGAGUCAUAUCUGAAAUUACAUAUUAUCCGACCUAUGAGGAUAAUAACACAGACUUACAGUGUACGGCUACAUAUCCUAACGGGACAAAUAUGACCGAAGUGGCUCCCUUGAAUAUAAAUUAUCCUCCAAAGAACACAAGCCUCAAGAUCAAAGGGGAUGUAGCGGAGAUAAAAGAAGGUGACAACGUGACCUUGAUAUGCAGUUCCCUGGCUAACCCGGCUCCAUCUUCUUAUAUGUGGUACAACGAGGACGUAUUCGUAGGAAACGAUGUUCAAUUAACAUUACGGAAUGUAAGCUGGGAGAAGAAUACGUAUUACUGCUCUGCGACGAAUGGACUGGGGAGCGGAGAUUCCCCCAAGGUGGAGCUGCCUGUGCACUAUGCUGCCAAAGGAGUCAAGAUCGAGACAGAAAGCUUCAGAGAUGCCACGAAGCUGGUGUGUGGUUUUUUGAGUAGUAAUCCGGAACCGACGCACUACUCCUGGUAUCUGAACGGUUCACUUAUAACAAAUGGCACCGAGAAACAUUUGACUGUGGAACGCUUCCCGCCAGUAAUGCCAAAUAAUUACACCUGCGCAGUUCACAAUAGAGUUGGUAAUUCCAUGUCUGGACCGGUCGCUGUCCACGAGUCUCACAGAGAAACAAGCAAGUAACAUUGUGUC